AUGGCCGGCUCUGACCCGCACGAAACUCGCCAGACCUCGGCUAAAGACUCGCCCUUUUCCAUCAAAAACCUGCUGAACAUCGAGGACAAACCCGCGGUGAAGCAGAGGACACUCCCCGGGCUGGAGCGCGGCUUCUUCUCGCGGUUUGGUGUCGGAGACCUCCCCCCGUUCCCGCGUCUGGAGCUCCCCGGGCACAGGCUCUCGCUCCCGGGGCAGUAUCUGGACAGAGCCUCGGCCUGGUGGUACCCGUACGCCCUGAACCAGCACCUCAGGAGCACGGGUUCAGAGAAGAUCGUAGGACCGGAUUUCUCCCCUGUGUCCGACCACCGCUCCCCGAACUCCCCCAAAUUCGCCCAGGACGGCCACGACGAAGAUGACAUCACUCUAGACGACAGCGAACCGGACGAGCCCAAGAAAGACCGAGACCGCGACCAAAACCAGGACGUAAACCAGGACUUGAACCAGCAGGACUUGGAUUCUGACUCCUGGAGACCGGCUAAAACCCCAGAAUCGGGACUAGACUCGGAACAAAAGAUGCAAUGCCGCAAGAAGAAAACCCGAACGGUAUUUUCGCGAAGUCAGGUUUUCCAGUUGGAGUCGACGUUUGACAUAAAAAGAUAUUUGAGCAGCUCGGAGCGCGCCGGGUUGGCCGCGUCGCUGCAUUUGACCGAGACGCAGGUCAAAAUCUGGUUUCAAAACCGUAGAAACAAAUGGAAGAGACAGCUUGCGGCCGAGUUGGAAGCCGCCAACUUGAGCCACGCCGCCGCGCAGAGGAUCGUGAGGGUGCCCAUACUGUACCACGAGAGCAGCGAGCAGGAGAGCGCCGCCAGCAGGCCACACGGGGGAACUGCGGGGGGGCAGAGCCUACUGGGAUUUCCGCCUCACGUGUACUAUUCUCACGUCCCGCUGCUUCGACCGGUUUAA